AUGACCGACAUUCUCAUUACGCGUCCUACUCAGAGAGCACAGGGCUUGUACUCGUAUGGGCUUCCCCAGGCUUCCGUGGAAUACUUCGAAGCCGCUAUCAGGGAGAAGGCUGUCAAGCUCAACACCUUGGCAUCGAUGCAGGGUGCUACACUUGAGAACCUUCUCACCCUGCCCGCUGAAGCGUUCCGAAGCGAAGUGGGAACCGCAACCUGGCCAGCCUUGGGUGGUGCGCUUCUGCUUCCGCUCACAAAUAAAACAGUUGAUGUCAAGCUACUGGAUCGAUGCACGGGGACGGCGCGUCGCAGCGUCUGGCAUUCAAACCAAGUCAUGUACCUGGAGCAUGAGGGGCUUGCUGCCAUCAAUGGUAGUAUCCACUAUAUUUAUGCCCCCAUUGACUUGUCCGGCUAG